AUGGAUAAACUUUUCCUCUCAUUUUUCACUUCUUUUUUUCUAAUUUCUUCUCUGAAUGUUGUGCAUGCCGCAACACCAAUAACUUCUUGCACCCAAACACCAUAUCCCGAAACAUGCGUCCAUUACAUGGAAAAUAAUUUCUUAGCCACCCUUAAGCUCGACCGAACCCAAUUCUCCUUUCACGACUUGACCCUCAAGGUCGCCUCGGACCAAGCCGUUCAAGCUCACCAGCUCAUUUCAACUAUGGACUUGAGCUCCUUCAACGAGCACGCCAAAUUGGCUUGGACUGAUUGUUUGGAGCUCUAUGAAGAUACAGCCAACCAGCUAAACCGUUCAAUGAGCUCUUCAAAUCCUGUUGAUUCCGUAACGUGGCUCAGUGCUGCGAUUGCGAACCAACAAACGUGUGAAAACGGGUUCACUGAUUUUAACUUGCGGUCUCAUCUUGAAUCUCUGCCAUUGAUGUUGACUAACUUCUCGCAGUUGCUUAGCAAUUCCUUGGCAGUAACUCAGUCCACUGUCCAACCGUACGCCGCCACGAAAGUUGGCGGUCGACGCUUGCUUGCGGAUGAAUUUCCGUCGUGGAUUUCGGCGGCUGAUCGGCGUCUGCUACAAGCGGCACCGAAAGGCGACAUUGUGGUGGCCCAAGAUGGAUCUGGAAAUUACAGGACCAUUUCUGAAGGUGUGGCUGCUGCAGCUAAGAGAAGUGGCGGGAAACGAGUGGUGAUUUAUGUUAAAAAAGGAGUUUAUAAAGAGAACGUCGAGAUUAAAAAAACAGUGAAGAAUAUAAUGUUAAUGGGAGAUGGAAUUGAUGCUACCAUUGUUACUGGUAACAAGAAUGCUAAAGAUGGUUCAACAACUUUUCGCUCUGCAACUUUUGCUGUUUCCGGGGCAGGCUUCAUAGCUCGAGGCAUGACGUUCGAGAACACGGCGGGACCCCAGAAACAUCAGGCCGUGGCUCUCCGGUCAGGCUCCGACUUCUCCGUCUUCUACGGCUGCAGCUUCAAGGGCUACCAGGACACCUUAUACGUCUACUCUCAACGCCAAUUCUACAAGAACUGCGACAUCUACGGAACUCAAGACUUCAUUUUCGGGGACGCCGUGGCGGUGCUUCAGAGCUGCAACAUCUACCUUCGGAAACCGCUGAGUAACCAGAAGAAUACCGUCACGGCGCAGGGAAGAAAAGACCCGAACGAAAACACGGGCAUAAUUAUUCACAACUCUCGCGUUACAGCGGCUUCUGAUAUGAGAGGCGUGGGCUCCACUCAAAACUACUUGGGCCGGCCGUGGCAGAAGUAUUCAAGAACUGUGUUCAUGAAAUGUACGAUCGACGGACUGAUUAAUCCCGCUGGCUGGUUGCCGUGGAGUGGGAAUUUCGCUUUGAGCACUCUUUAUUAUGGAGAGUAUAUGAACACUGGAAGUGGGGCAAGUACUAGUGGGAGGGUGAAGUGGCCGGGGUAUCAUGUGAUAAAAAGCCCAACGGAGGCCGGGAAGUUCACCGUGGGGAACUUUUUGGCCGGGAAUUCGUGGAUUCCGGCUACCGGAGUGCCGUUUGAUGCUGGUUUGUGAAGUAAGAGACUUGUAAAAGUAGGAAAGAUGAAGAAUGCAUUAAUAGAAAAAUAAGUCAAAUUUGUGUAAUUGUUUAAUAGCAAAAUGACGUCAACUUGUACGUAACCUUGUAAUAACAUAAUAAUAUUAAUAAUAAAAGUCGUGGUACGUUGUUUAA